GAGAAAGCUGUAUUGGAUUCUGUACUGUCUGCCGAAACAAGAAGCAAAAUCACAUGAUGUGUAGUUUGUCAUAUGACAUUGAUGAGACAUCGGCAAGUAAAUCGAAGCUCAGUGGACUUCCCUAAAGAAAGAAAGCUAUUACUGUCAGGGAUGAGAUUCUUUAAAACUUUUUUGUGACUGCUGACAAUAUCUGGAGUAUGGAAUGUUGGGGAGUUUUUUCUGCGAUAGCUGCCGCUUGUCUGCUAGGUAUCGGGUUGAGCCAGACGACGGCUCCCACACUCGCUCCUGCUGUAAUGAACACUACAUUCACUGACAAUGUGACUGCUGCCACAACAUUGACUGAGAGCACCACAUUAAAUGACAGUGUGACAGUGACUACCCCUAUGAUUCUCAGCACCACUUCCACAGGCUGCUCUUCCCUGAACACCUCCACCUGCGAGGUCUGUGUCCCAGGCUCUUACUCUAACAACGACAGCCUGCAGUGCUCCUGCUGCCCUGGUCCAGGGAUGUGUCAGUUCACAGCGGCUUGCCUCCCAUGUUCCCUAGGGUUCUUUCAGCCUCUGACUGGACAACAGCAAUGUUUGCCCUGUAGCCAGGGUUUCUACACCAACAUCUCCGGCAGCCGUGUGUGUCGAGCCUGUCACCCAGGAUCAUACAGCAACAGCACUGGUUCCAACUCCUGUCAAAACUGUUCUGCAGGUUUCUAUACAUCACAACAAAAUGCCACAUCAUGUAAUCCAUGUCUACAAGGAACAUUCUGCAACUCCUCCAGUUGUGCUCAGUGCGAGAUCUGUCCUGCCGGUACCGAGUCCCUACAGGCUGCAGCCAAGGAGUGUACAGCUUGUCGUCCUGGCAUGCACAAGCCCCCCCUUCAGAACAUGUGUCAAAUCUGCAGCAGUGGCUUCUUCCAAAUCCACUGGGGUCAGGAGACAUGUAACCUCUGCCCCGAAAACCACUACUGCCCGAGUCCAGAUGUGAAUCCCAUUCUGUGCCCUGGCGAUGCCUUCUGUCCUGAGGGCAGCACUGCUCCAGGUUACUGCAUGGAGACCUUCUUCCGUAAGGCCGGGGAGGAAUGUGAGCUUGCCCCCGUCACCAUUGCUCUACUUGUUAUUGGAGGAGGAGUUGCCCUGCUCUUUGUAAUCCUGCUGGUGUUGCGUCGGAGACGAGACACAGAUGGAGAGCUCUCCCUUGCCCGGCAACCUCUUAUACGCAAAGAACGGCCACAAGGCCGAUAUUACGGGAUCCCGUGUGAUGCUGAGCCAGUGUAUGCUGGUUGGUAAACACAUCCUCAGCAGAAUCAAAUUCUGUGUGUCUCAGCUGUAGACUAAUGACCAUAACCGAACAGAGACUCCCACCAUAUCCUAGCCAUUGUUUCGAACUAAUAUCCAUUUGAGUGCUUUUUCAUGUGUUCUUGACAAGCAGAACGUAUUCUCUUCUGCAUUCUGUUCAUAAGUGAUGGCUGAUCCAUCACAUUUCAUUCUUUGCAUUCCUUUUUAGCUUAAAAUGAUAAAUGGUUUAAAAGAGCACACUAGAUGGUUGAGGAUGGUUGACAUAAGAGCUUGCUAGUCUUUUAUAAGGACUUGGUGGAGUGUUAUGAAAAGCACUUUUUUUGUUGUUUGUAAAUCUUAAUAUGUGCAUUGUAGAUUGGUGUGUAAUGUAUGCUUUAAAGACUGUUUUAAGUAAAUGUUUUCUAUUUUGCUCUGUCAUAAAAAUAAUAUACAGGUAUUUGCUGGUUAUACAGCGGAAUAAUAUUUUUGAUCUGAGGUACUAUGUUAUCUUUUUUAUUGUUUGUUUGAAAUGCAUUCCUUCACAUGUUCGUAAUUACUUUGUUGACCUAUGUUAUUUAAAAUAUUGUAUUUGUAUAUUUUAAGAAAACACUGAAUCCAGGGCAUAUGCUGAAAAUAAAGCACAACCUUGCGCUAUA